ACACCAAUACUGCAAUACACAUCAAGCUUAAUUGCUAUAACAGUUUAAAUCUAUUUCUAAAAUGGUUGGGAUGUGGUCUAUGAUUCAUGAGAUAGACCAAACUAAAACGACUUGGGCUAUAAAGGCAAGGGCUACAAGGGUUUAUCGUGAACCUGCUCACAACGGAUUUCCACCAUCUUUGGAAGUGAUCUUUCAUGACGAAGAGGAUGAAGAUGAGUUCACCCUUUGGAGAAGAGAGUUUUCUGGGACAGAAAAGGUUGGGUCUUCCCAGAAUUGCAAUUCAACAAGCCCACUGCUCAACAAGGAAAAGAGGAUUGCCGUAGAAAUUGAUGGAGAAAGGCUGAAGAGAGAUCUUUUUGGAGAAUUUUCUUCAACAAUGCCGGUGAAAAGAAUGAAGGGUGUGAAAAUCGAGGAGCCAAAGCCUUGAGGUUAUGGUAGGGGCUGGAUGUGGAUGUUUGAAGUGAGGAGUUCUAUUAUGAAGACAACUAAAUAAAACUAUCUCAAGUUGGUGUCUAGCAUGCCAAGUGGCUAAGCAUGUUAUUAGUACUUAGUAUGGUUGUUAUGUGUUGAUGCUAAAUAGGCUACUGCGGGAGAAGAAAUUUGAACCAGCUGAUCAUGUCAAGAUUUUGAUGAUAAAGGACUGCAGGAACAUGGAAGAAAUGAAUAGGGUCGUUGAGUAUUUGAGCGAGAUAAGGAAAAAUGGUCUAGGACACGGUCUGUAUAGUUAUAAUACCCUUUGAUUUUAUUGGUUUCUAUUUCAUUUUACUCUAGAAUAUGUUAUUGGAGGAUCGCUUGUUCUCCGAGAAAGUACACCAUGAGCCGGUUUGGUAACUAUGAAAUUGGUUGAAUCUGGUG